AUGUUCUACCAGCCUGGCAUCACACCACAUGGGCUGCCCCGGGAUCCCUUCAAGGCCUGUAUUGUUCCGCGUCCAAUCGGCUGGAUCUCGACAAGAUCUUCCGAUGGAAUAGACAACCUUGCGCCAUACUCGCAAUUCAAUAACCUGACAUUUGAUCCUCCUUACGUCAUGUUUUCGGCCAAUCAAACCGAUACAGCAUUUCGAAAGGAUACUACUGUCAAUACCGAGUCAACAGGUGAAUUUGUUUGGAACGUAGCCACCUUCGGACUUCGUGAGGCUGUGAAUAUUACCGCCGAGCAGGUGUCUCCCGGAAUUGACGAGUUCACGCGUGCUGGUUUAUCAAAGGAGCCUGCUCGACUAGUGAACUGCGCCAUGGUGCGUAAUUCGCCUAUUAGAUUCGAGUGCCAGUACCACAGUACUUUGAGAUUGCCUGGCAAUCCUCCUAUGGGAACUGUGGACGUCAUUAUUGGGCGGGUUGUUGCUAUUCAUAUCUCUGAGGACGUUCUUACUGACGGUCUUGUGGAUAUCCGCAAAGUUGACCCAAUCGCCCGCUGUGGCUAUUAUCAAUAUGCCCGUGUCUCCGAAACCUUCAACAUGGUAAUUCCAGGCAACGGAAAAGUUCUCUACGGCCUUGAGGGCAGUGCCUCCCUUAACUCACAGGAGGCUGCGGCAAAGGAAAUGCCUCAAAAACGCAGACAUGUAUCUGACAAGCAAUAA